CCAUGACCUCCAUGUCCACCCAGCAGGAGGGAAGAUCUGGACACCUGUUACUCCUCUGGUCCCUCCCUUUGCCUCGCUGGGCUGGCCGGGUCAGGGGAGGGGAGAGACCAUGCCUGACCUUGCUCGCUUCUACGCAACGACCUUGAAGACGAGUCACGGCAUCCUCUUGUGGGUGGCUCAGGUGGUCAUGCCGGGACUCGACUUGACGGGGAGGCUUUCCUUUGAGACUGUGCUGCUGCAUGGCCUCCAUGGGUGAUGGUGGCGGCCACAAGACGUCCAAGUCCUGGGGCAGUGUGAUAGACCCCCUGGAUGUCAUCAGUGGGGCGUCCCUGGAGGUGUGUGACUUGCUGGUGCUGUGUGUUCUGUACUGGUGUUCAUUGGCUGUGGUGAGCAGUACCUUGACAGCAGGUACUGUGCGAGAGGGUGGAGGGGACCCUGAAUGCGGAAGAGGUACUCGCUGGUCUCGUAUGAAGUCCCCCACAGGCAUCCCAGAGUGGUGGAGCUGAUGCCCUUCGC